AUGACAUCAAGUCGUUUUCCGCAGCAAGCGACAGAAAUGAAGUAAAGUCUGAGGAGAGCUUCUUUAUUAUCCAUUUUAAGUGUUUUUUAUGGUAGCUAACAUAGCCACGAUACUCCUCAAGAUAUCCAGAUGAAUGGACUCUCGUUUUCUGAAAUUUGCUGUCUUUUUUGCUGCCCUCCAUGUCCUUCAAAAAUCGCUGCAAAAUUGGCUUUUCUUCCUCCCGAACCGACCUACUCGUUCCAAGAUUUGAACGAUGGUGGGAAGCAAGCGCUUCACCUUUCUGAAAAAGCUGAGUGGCAGUACGGACAGAAAGAGCUGGAUAUCAUCGAGGGAUUUACUACGAAGAGUAGUCGAGGGAAUCAGAUAGCUUGCAUGUAUUUGCGCUGUGCUCCAACUGCUCGUUUUACCAUUUUAUUCAGUCAUGGGAAUGCCGUAGAUCUAGGCCAAAUGUCAAGCUUUUAUGUUGGCUUAGGGACRCGCAUUAACUGCAACAUAUUCUCGUAUGAUUACUCUGGUUAUGGAGUAAGUGGGGGAAAGCCUUCAGAAAGUAAUCUGUAUAGUGAUAUAGAUGCUGCUUGGCAAGCACUGCGAACGAGGUACGGCAUUAGCCCGGAGAAUAUCAUUUUAUAUGGGCAAAGUAUUGGAACCGUACCGACCGUUGAUUUGGCUUCGAGAUUCGAAUGUGGUGGAGUUAUUUUGCAUUCUCCUUUGACAUCAGGAAUGAGAGUUGCAUUUCCAGAUACUCGAAGAACGUGGUGUUUCGAUGCUUUUCCUAGCAUUGAAAAAGUCUCCAAAAUAGUCUCUCCUGUUCUUGUCAUACACGGAACUGAAGAUGAAGUUAUAGAUUUCUCACAUGGUUUGUCAAUUUAUGAGCGCUGCCCAAGGACAGUAGAUCCACUGUGGGUGGAGGGGGCAGGCCACAAUGAUGUUGAACUUUAUGGACAAUACCUUGAACGACUGAAGCAAUUCAUACAGCAAGAACUGGCUAACUCUUCAUCACAGUCUCUAACGGUCGAACAAGUAUGAGUUUGAUCCAUGCCCUCCACAAGAUUUCUUACUUUGCACAAAUAACACCAAGGACUUGAAAUUUUUCCUCCAAUUCAUCGUCAUAAGUCCUUAARGCAUCUCUACAGAUUGAUUAAUGCAUACGYGUUAUGUAUAAGGAACAAGCACAAAGUGUUUAUGCAUUCUUUCAACUUCAAAUGCUUGGAAGACAACACAAAGAUGUUGAGAAGACAAAAUAUUACGUACUUGGAUUCACUAACUACACCACCCAUUGUACGCUUCAAGAACGUGAUUGACCUGAAUUUAAUUAAUAAUAUUCUAUAUAAAGACAGUUUGUGACAAAUCUAUUGUACAUAUUAGUGACAACACUAAAUAUAUUGUACAGUUUAAGCAGCACGUAGAUAUAGGGUAUAAAUUAUGAUUGAUUGACAGCUGUCAGUCUAUUGACAGGUYUAAGUAGUUUUAGUUAAUUUURGAAAUCAUGAAAAAAUAAAAUAUUGGGAUUAUAGUUCUGUUUUUGAAA